AUGAAGUUCUCGCUGCCGCUCCUCGCGCUGCUGGCCGCGGCGUCGCCCGCCGUGUCGGCGCGCGGCCUCGUCUCCAAUCCCGACCUCGCCGGUCCCGAGGCAUACAGCCCGCUGGGCCCCGUCGCGGCUUCCACCGACAACCAGCGCUCGUCCGGCGCCGUGCCGGAGGCCAUCGCGGCGGCCGCCGACGACAGCUUCGUCACGGGCGGCUACCUGGUCGAGUUUGAGUCGAACGACAACGUCAAGUCGGCCACCUUCGGCAAGCGCGACGUCUCGCCGCACGCCGCCUUCCGCGAGCUGCUGCGCCGGGCGCCGCGCGGCGGCAUCAAGUACGACCACCGCCGCGACUUCACCGACCCGCGCAUCUUCGUCGGCAUGAGCCUGCGCCUCGACAACCCCGACGACGUGGCGGCGCUGCAGAGCGCGCAGGGCGUGCGUGCCGUGUACCCGCUGCGCCGCUACCGCCCGGCCGCCUUCGAGGCGAGCACGGCAGCCGACUCGUUCGUCAGCGCCAGCACCGGCGGCACCAGCCCGACGCGCAACGACACGUUUGCGCCGCACGUCAUGACGGGCGUCGACAAGCUGCACGCGCUCGGCCUCUUCGGCAAGGGCAUCACCGUCGGCGUGCUCGACACGGGCAUCGACUACACGCACCCGGCGCUCAACGGCGGCCGCGCCGCCGGCACGCGCUGCUUCGGCGACGCCGAGUGCCAGAUCGUCGGCGGCUACGACCUCGUGGGCGACGCAUACACGGGCGCCGACGACUCGGUGCCCGUGCCGGACAGCGACCCCUUCGCCGACUGCGAGGGCAGCGGCCACGGCACGCACGUCAUGGGCACCAUCAUCGCCAACGACAAGACGCUCGGCUUCACCGGCGUCGUGCCCGAGGCCAAGGGCAAGAUGUUCCGCGUCUUUGGCUGCGGCGAGCGCACCUCGACGACUGACGACGUGCUCAUUGCCGGCAUGAGCCGCGCCUUCACCGACGGUGUCGACAUCAUCAGCAUCUCAAUUGGCGGUCCGCAGGGCUGGGCCCAAGCGCCCACGUCGCUCGUCGCCUCGCGCAUCUCGAGCUACGGCGUGCCCGUCGUCAUCUCGGCCGGCAACUCGGGCUCGAGCGGCGCCUUCUUCGGCUCGUCGCCCGGCACGACGUCGGCCGGCAUCAACGUUGCCGCCGUGCAGAACACGGAGCUGACGGGCUACGAGGCCAAGGUCAACAACGUGCCCGGCUUCACGCAGCUCACCGUGCUCACGAGCCAGCCGUUCAAGCUCGACAACCCGACGCUGCCGCUCUACGCGCUCACCACGACGCCCGUCGCCAACGACGGCUGCUCGCCGCUGCCCGACAGCACGCCGGACCUGAGCGACAAGGUCGUCCUCGUCUUCCGCGGCACCUGCACCUUCGUCACCAAGUUCCAGAACAUCGCCGCCAAGGGCGGCAAGGUCGUGCUCGUCGGCAACACGCCGCCUCCGGCGGCCAUCACGUACGUCAGCGCCAUCAAGGGCCAGCAGGCGGCGACGCUGCUGCGCGACGACGCCAUCAAGCUGCAGCAGGCCUUUGCCGCCGGCCAGAACCCGACGAUCACCUUCGAGGCCGGCGCCGCGCUCACGGUGCCCAACACCGUCGACGGCGGCCUGCUGAGCUCCUUCACCAACUUCGGCCCGUCCAACGAGCUCGACUACGCGCCGCACGUCGCUGCGCCCGGCGGCAACAUCCUCUCGACGUGGCCGCGCGCGCUCGGCAGCUACUCGAUCAUCAGCGGCACCAGCAUGGCCGCGCCGUUCAUCUCGGGCUCCGUCGCGCAGAUCAUGGCCAACGCCGGCAAGGGCAAGCUCUCGACGGCGCAGCUGCGCUCGCGCCUGCAGGCCUCGUCGUCGAAGAUCCCCGAGUCCAAGGCCUCGGGCGCGCCCACGGCCUCUGUCGGCCGCACGGGCUCGGGCCUCAUCAACACGUACAACGCCGUGUUCGGCACGACGACGGUGACGCCCGGCCAGCUGGCGCUCAACGACACGGCCAACUUCCAGGGCGCGCAGACGAUUACAAUCCGCAACACGGGCAAGGAGCUGAACAAGUACACGCUCGUGCACGAGCCUGCCGGCACGGCCAUCACGGCCAACAACAGCGUCGCCGGCUACACCUACUUCAACAUCUUCCCCGUGCCGCUCGGCGGCGACGCGGCCACGGCCACGUUCCUGCCGCCGACGCUCGUGCUGGCGCCCGGCCAGUCGGGCAAGGUGCUCGUCACCUUCACGGCGCCGGCGACGAACCAGGACACGCUGCCGCUCUACUCGGGCGCCGUCAUUGCGCGCGGCGAGAAGGACGGCAGCACCGUGACGGUGCCGUACAUGGGCCUGGCGGCCAGCGUCGCCGCGCGCCCCGUGCUCGACUCGUCGUCGUACUUUGAGGACUACCCGCUGCCGGCGCUGCUCUCGAACCAGAACAAGACGUUCACGGCCGCCGACAAGCUCGAGUUCGACCUCUCGGCGCCCGGCGCGCAGCCGUUCGUGUGGCUGCGCUACACGUACGGCUCGCCGCUGCUCGACAUCUCCCUCGUGGCCGAGAACAGCACGUUCCAGCCGACGAUCACGCACAGCGCCAGCGCCCGCCGCAGCCUGCUCGACCCCGUCGACCGCCUCGUGCGCCGCCGCAGCCGCCACGAGCGUGCGCUGCACGCCGCACGCGCCGCCGCCGCUGCCGAGGUCAAGGCCGGUCCGGCGGCACCUGCUCCGCCCAAGGACGGCCCGUCCAAGGGCGCACCCGGCAAGGGUCCGACACCGCCGUCCAACGGCCCCGGCAAGGGCCCGACGCCGCCGAGCAACGGCCCCGGCAAGCCUCCGGCGCCGCCGUCGAACAGCACGACGCCCGCGCAGCCGCCGCAGCAGCAGCAGGGCCCGCUGUUCACCGACGCCGCAACGCUCGGCCGCUUCGUCUCGGAGCGCUGGACGUCGCGCACGACGGAGGACGCCUCGCUGCCCGAGGUCAACUACCGCAUCAGCGACCGCUACUACGAUGCCAAGACGGGCGCGACGCAGACCGUCCCUGAGGGCACGUACCGCAUCCUCAUCCGCGCCCAGCGCGCGCUCACCGACGCCAAGCUGGCGAAGAACUACGACAGCUUCCUCUCGCAGCCCUUCACGUACCGCAAGGGCGCCACGGGCCAGGCGGCGUAG